UAGAGUCCAGCUGAAGUUUGGUUGAAAGGACACCGAGUGCCACUCUGAUCAGAUAUUCAGUCAUCUUGACGUCUUCAAAUGGCUUUCUACUGCCCUAAGACCCAACAGAAGUCUGGACAGGCGUACUUUAGGUUAAGAAGACCUGAUGAAGAAGUCGCUGCUCUGUCUGGUUUGACACAGACGUUUUCUGAAGUCAUUAAGAGAUUCCAUCAUGAAGACCUUCUAAAUGUCACCAAGUACUACAAGCCCUAUCUGGCCUACGUGAUUGAAUAUGACAUCACAAGUAUCCUACAGAACCUGGUCACCAAGAACGUGCUCACCAAUGAUGAGGCAAAGAAAUUCAAGGCCAAAGAAGAGCAAGAGGAGCGAGCAGGUGUGGAGUCCUUCAUCAGUGACAUAAUGAACAAAGACAACAUAGUGCUGGUUAACCUGUGGGAGGCACUGGCUGAAGAACUUGUAAGAUUUCCAUCACCAAACCUGACAAGAAUAUUGAAGGAGGUGACAGAGGGAGGAAUGGACCUCUUGCUUGACAUUCAGGUCAGUCUCCAGCCCUAUCCCAUUAAUGAUCAUAUUAAAGACAUCCACAAGACACACAGAUGUGGUGUUUUUGAAUCCACAAGGACUCUGGAGGAUCAGGCAUCUCCUGGAGAUCCACAUACCAGAGUUGUGGGCUUUGAGAAUCGAUACACAGAGCUGAUGGUUAUUGACCAGUACAGAAGGACAUAUAAUGAGAGGCACCAUGAACUGGAGAAGACUGGAAGGGUGCAUGCAGAGCUAAUAGAGGAGCGGACAAAAGUGAAAUGUGAGCGAAUCUGGACAGAGCAGCUUUUUAGAAGAAGUGCAGGAAGUGACAUAGACUCUCACAUUGUAGUGGUCAGUGGGGUGGCUGGAAUUGGGAAGACCACCAUGGUUCAGAAGAUCAUGUCUGACUGGGCCAGAGGCACUCAGUACCAGAGGUUUGCAUUUGUGUUUCUGUUUAAAUUCAGGGAUUUGAACCUACUAGACACGGAGAAAGAGCCACAGAUGCCUCUGACCAGGCUGAUUGUAAGGCACUAUAAAUAUCUCAAUGACCUGAGACUAAGUGAAAUCCUUCAGAAGCCUGAAUCUCUCCUUUUUAUUUUUGAUGGACUGGAUGAGUACAAACACAAACUGGACUUCACACAGACACGGCUCUGCUCAGAACCAAAUGACUACUUUCCUGUCCAUACUGUGGUCACCAGCUUGGUCAGGAGGACAUUACUGAAGGGUUGUACAGUCUUGAUAACAACCAGACCAACAGCCUUGGUCUUUUUAGACAAGGUGAGAGUUGAUCGAUUUGCAGAGAUCCUGGGGUUCUUCCCUGAACAAAGGCUGAUGUACUUUAAGAAGUUCUUUGGUGAUGCUGAUCAGGGCUCUGAGGCUUUUCAGUAUGUUGAGGAGAACGCCAUCCUGUACACCAUGUGCUUCAACCCCUCGUACUGCUGGAUUAUCUGCUCUGUGCUGAAGAGCCACUUCAUGACACCUGAAGAAGAGCGAGGAGCUGCCCCCAGAACUGUCACCGAGCUCUUUGUGAUGUUCCUUCAUAACAUCCUCACCAAUCACAAACGAAAAGCUAAAGACCAGAGGGGAAUUCUGGUCAAACUGGGAAAGAUGGCUUAUCAUGGGGUGGUGAAUAGGACACUCUUAUUUUAUGACAAGAUGGAGAUGUCCACUUUUGGUCUCCAGCCAGUUAUGUCCUCUCCAUUCCUCUCAGGGUUCCUCAAAGAAAUCCUUCAGAGAGAAAGCGCUCUGGAGCACACGACAUACACAUUCUACCACCUCACCCUCCAGGAGUUCAUGGCCGCCUGCUCCUUCUACCUCAGGUCAUCAGGGAGUGUCAAGGAGCUACUUGUGAAGCUGGACGCAUGUGAAGAUGGCCGGUUUGAGAUUCUCACUCGAUUCCUCACAGGACUGGCCAGGGAUUCUGUAUUUAAGACACUGGAGGGAGCGCUGGGGGAGUUUGAGAGGAAUACAGCAAAGAACAUACUGAAGUGGGUGAAGCAGAAAGCUGAACAGGCACUACAGGGACGAGAUAAACGUGAAGUUCUGCGAGUGUGUCAGUGGCUCUAUGAGACUCAGAAUAAGAGAUUAAUUAGAGAUGCCAUUGGGAAGGAUUUAAAGAUGAACUUUAGUAAAAUGACUUUAUCUCCUCUGGACUGUGCUGUGCUGGGCUCUGUCAUCAGCUGCUGUGGAGAACUUGAGGAGCUCAACCUGUUUGAGACACCGAUCACCCCAGAGUGCAUCAGGAGACUGGUGCUGGGGCUCAUCUGCUGCAGACGUGUCAUCCUGUCUCGUUGUGGUUUCACCUCCACAUGCUGCUCAGCUCUCUCCUCAGCUCUUUCUUCUCCACACUCACGACUGACUGAACUGGACCUGAGCAUCAACAACAUGGAGGAUUCAGGAGUGAAUCAGCUGUCUGAGGGGCUGAGGAGUGAAAACUGCAAAUUAGAGAAACUGAA